AUGAACUUCAAGCUAUCCGUUUUCCUGGCUCUCGUCAUUUGCACGCUUUUGGUGACCGCUGCACCACCUCCCAAUCAAGAUGCUCCGAUAGCCAUUGACAAGAGCAGGUUUAACAAUAUGCUAGCGACUUGUGGCUUCUCGUGCAGCAUGGCACCACAAGGCGAAAAGUCUGUCAAAGCAUGUAAUGACAAGUGCAAGAAUGAAGUGAAGGCAAAAUACAAGCCAAAAUAA